CAAGUCGGUUCUACGUUGACCAUCAAUUCAGUAACUUACAAGCCACUGGAAAGAUGUCGAGCUCUCGAUUCCUAGCGACUUUUCUCUUCGCUUCGGUCGUUUUCGCGGCUGGAACCCAAGCUGCAGUGUUCAGCCGGAUCAGCCAGAGAGCUGCCUGCCCAGUUGUGACGACCAAACCCGAUUUCAACUACAUUCCGUACGCUGGUCUGUGGUACGAGAUCGAGCGUUUCGAAAAUGUUUUCCAACAGGGAAGCACCUGCAUACGCGCCAUUUACGAAGAGAUAUCUCCAGGAGUUGUCAGCGUCCUCAACACCGGAGUUCUAUCUGACGGAUCCUUGACUAACAUUACUGGAUCAGCCACUGCUAUCAGCCCGGAAGAACCGGGUCAUUUAAUCGUCUCCUUCCCCGGUCGUCCGGAUGGAGACUACUUGGUGUUGGACACUGAUUACACCAACUACGCCUCGGUUUAUUCUUGCGGACUUGCUGGCGCUUUCGUUCUGGAAUACGCUUGGCUCUUGGGCCGAGAACAGACCAUGACCCAAGAAGUUAUGGAUGUGGCUCUCUCCAAGUUCACUCAAUUCGGUGUUGACGUGAGCAAAUUCAAACCGACAGCUCAGGGAGAAUCCUGCGUUUAUUUUCCUGAAUAUCCUUUCCCCCCAACUAACUAAAUAAUCAAAUUACUUUCAUAAAAUCUAAAUGGUUAUGUAGGCUUUACGUGAAAUAAACAAAUUGAACUAU